AUAACUUUGGUCCUUAUAUAUUCUAUUAUUAAAAGAACCUCCAAGAGGCCUCUUGGUCUAGGGGUAUGAUUCCUGCUUUGGGUGCAGGAGGUCCCGGGUUCAAAUCCCGGAGGGGCCCAAUUUUUUUUUCCUCUUUGAAAUUGAACUACGAAACUAAACGUCUUAAAUAUUUCAUAAAACAGACGUCUAUAAAACUUUUGACGUAUUUCAGAGUUAGAAACAAUCAACAACAAGUAUUACAAACAAAUUACGCUGAGUAGUAUAAACAGUUGUGAUUUCAUUAAUUACGAAACUAGCUAUAACGUAAUAAAGCAUGUUUACUCGAUUCGUUACAAUUUUUUCCCACAGUUACGUAAUAUUCCAUUAAAUUUUAUAAUCAAAAAUAAGGUUUGCACAAUUGACACGUAAAUAACUAAUUAUUUUUAAACGAACAUGUCCUGGUACAUAUAGCAAUGUCGAUAUUCGAAUUUGUAAUUCUUCAAGCAUUAAUUUACCUGAUGCUAUUUUAAUAUCGGACGCUUAUUAAUAACUUAAGAGUAUUCAUUACGUUCACCAAAUGAAAAGUGUUAAAAACGUCGUAAACGUCCUUGUAUGACCGUAAACACUAACAAAAUGGACAUGUUUUCUCCAUAAAUGUGUUUGGAAUUUUAAAAAAUGAAAAAAUUGUUAUCAACAAAUAAAUACGAAUAAAGAAAUCGGUCGUGUCAGAUAUUCCGUUUCAAAUUACGCGCGGCGUAUUUUCCUACUCUCGAGAAAGUUAAGAUGGCGUCCAGGCGAGUGCGCAUGCACAAGUUCCUCAAUGGUCGGGCAAAAACACAGCUGGUCUAUGAUCUCCGAAGCAAGCUGACGGUCGAACGCUAUCAAUGUGAUUUUCGUGAAAUACUUACCGAUCUACCGGUCAGAUCGUGAGGUCAAGGCGGACGCGUGCGAAAAUUCGUUUAGUGCUCGUUUCGAAGUGUUAGUGAGUGUGUUUAGAUGUAUGCAAAACUCGUUAAUCGCGGUGUCACCACGAGGAUUUUUCACUGCCCCGGAUACAAAGGAGUUUCGUGAGGUGCUUUGAGCGUCCUUUCGGCAACGGAAGCACGAGGCGAAAAAUGUCGGCGUCGGCGCCGUAAUUGGGCGAUCUUGGUAGAAAGGAAGCCGAGGGACGAACGGAAGAGGCGGGUAAGGACGAAAUGGCGUCUACGAGCGGGCACAAGAGGAACGGCUCGAGUUCGAGCAUGUUCACCCACAAACGCACCGAGUCCGGCGGUGGUUUUAUCGGCCACAAACGUUCCGAGAGCGGUCACAAGCGGGCCGAGAGCAUAUCCAGUGCCUUUGGCCACAAACGAUCCGAGAGUGGUCACAAGAGGAACGAGAGCGGCGGUGGUUUCGGGCACAAAAGGUCCGAGUCUGGCAGCAAUUACCAUGCCGGACAUCGAAGAAACGAGAGCAUGUACGCGAUGACAGGGCUUUACGCGGAAAGCACUGGGACAACCACCGACGAAACUACAGACCCAUUGCAGGCUACCGGUACCAGCAGACUGACCCAUGACACUGUCAUUAGGUGUCACAGUAGAAAUCCCAGUUCUGGCCUCGUGGACCAUAGAGAUUUUAUCAUCAAAUGUCACAGCAGGAAUCCCAGUGCUUCCAUGGUGGACAGAACGGAGAAAGAGAGGCCACAAACUCCACCAUUUAAUCCGGAUUCGAAGGACUGUGGAAUUCUGAGCUGCAGGCCGGCCUUUAUACAGAGAUUCGCCGGAAUAAAGGUGUUUGUGUUCCUCCUCUCGUUUCUCGUUACGCUGCAACAAGCACUUAGUUCAGGUUACAUUAAUUCUGUGAUUACGACAAUUGAGAAGAGGUUCGAAAUCCCGUCCAGCCUUUCAGGCGUCAUUGCAAGCUCCUACGAAAUCGGAAAUGUCAUCACCGUCAUUUUCGUCAGCUAUCUAGGUAGCCGCAGGCAUAUACCUGUUUGGAUAGCUAUUGGCGCUGUUAUAAUGGGACUGGGAUCGAUGAUCUUUAUGGUGCCACAUUUCACUGCUGAACCCAAUUUGAUGACGGCCGCAAAUAACUCCAGUUCUGAUAAUAUUUGUCGCGGAGUCUCGUUGCGUGAACAGGACAUGGGAUUGGGUCGUUUAUCGUCUGGAUUAUCAUCUCCUCCUCUGGGUCCGCAUAACAAUUUAAGAGGUGAUAAUUGCAUUCAAGGAUCUCCAUCUACAGCUGGCCCUGUUAUGUUAUUUGUACUUGCUCAGUUAUUAUUAGGCUGUGGUGGUUCUCCUUUGUUUACCCUUGGUACCACUUACAUAGACGAUCAUGUUCGACCAGAAAGUGCUUCUUUGUAUAUUGGUUGUAUGUACAGUAUGGCAGCUUUUGGGCCAGUUUUAGGUUUCCUUCUUGGAGCUUAUUUGUUAUCGUUUCACAUGGAUUCUUUUUCUGGAACUAUCAUCAGCAUAGAUCCAGGUGAUCAUAGAUGGGUUGGCAUGUGGUGGGGAGGAUUCCUUCUUUGCGGUUUACUCCUGAUUUUGGUGGCAAUCCCCUUCUUCAGUUUUCCAAAAACCCUGCAACGAGAAAAGGAAAAAAUACGAAUCAUCGAAAAAACAAAAUCGGCGUCGCAAAAAGAGAAGGAACCAUGCAAAGAACCGAAAAAGGAGAAACUCGAUGAUAGUGGUUACGGCAAAGAUGUAAAAGAUAUUCCUAGAAGUAUGUGGAGGCUCGUGUGCAAUCCAGUAUACGUGGUAACGUGUUUGGGAGCAUGCAUGGAGCUGGUGAUUGUCUCUGGCUUCGUAGUUUUUCUCCCAAAGUACCUGGAGACACAGUUCAGCCUGGGAAAGAGUCAAGCCAGUGUGUUCACCGGCUCGAUAGCGAUACCGGGUGCCUGCAUCGGAAUCUUCUUCGGCGGAUGUUUGCUCAAACGUUUAGAAUUAAGACCAAAGGGAGCGGUUCAGUUCGUUCUCGUAUCGAACAUCAUUUGCUUGGUGUGCUAUGGCCUCCUCUUUUUCCUUGGUUGUGACAACGUGAAGAUGGCUGGGACCACUAUUCCGUACUUUAACAGCAGCACGAAGGGCCCGGAGCCCUUUCAAGUAAAUCUCACUGCCGCAUGCAACUUUGGUUGCGAAUGUCGAAUGACAGACGUCGAACCGGUCUGUGGAAAUAACGGUCUCACGUAUUUCAGCCCUUGUCAUGCAGGCUGCACUGCCUUUAGCUCGAAAUCGAAUUUCACUAAUUGUGCAUGUAUACAUGGAAAUUUAACAUUAUUGCCUCCUGCAGCCCCAGAAUUCGCAGAAGUUACGGUAGUGCCGGUAGCUACUGCUGGUCCUUGCACUUCACCAUGCAGAACUAUAUUUCCUUUCUUAAUCUUACUUUUCUUUAUGACGUUUAUCGUUGCUAUCACUCAGAUGCCUCUAUUAAUGAUAGUGUUGCGGUCAGUCUCGGAAGAAGAGAGAUCGUUCGCUUUGGGCAUGCAAUUCGUAAUCUUCCGACUAUUCGGUUACAUACCCGCUCCUAUUUUAUUCGGUAACUUAAUUGACUCUACGUGCUUAUUGUGGAAAAGCACCUGUGGAGAAAAAGGCGGUCGGUGUCUUCUUUACGACAUCGAGCAAUUUAGAUAUAGAUAUGUUGGACUUUGUGCUGGCAUUAAGAUUUUAGCUUUGGCUUUGUUCCUUAUUGAUUGGUGGUUGGUUAGGAGGAGAAGACAAAUGGAAGACCAAGCGCCGUCUUUCACUGUUAACGAGUUUGUAGGGUCAAUUAUCAGUCUUGACAAAUUGUUUGAAGAAAAACCACACCAUCACAAUACAGGAGACGGUGACGGUGUUACUCCUAAUUCGGAAUUACACACACCGUCAUCGAUCUCGUCACCAACGGAGCCUACGAAAUCGACGAACCUGGAAGAGACUAGCUCGUCGAAUCAAACGCAGGAUUCGACGGAGACAGCGAAUCGAUCGAAGAACGCGACGAUUGUUGAUGUUCCCGACACGAGGCAAGCACCUCUUGCCAUAGAAGAGCCAGAUACGGAGGUGAAACCACUGACUGCUGGACAAACGGAAAAACUUGUACGGAACGUUUAAUGUUUAUCUCGCGUUAGUGGCUAUGCAAUUGAAUAUAUCAAAGUGGUGAUAACACGAGUCUGUGGCUAAUUGUUUUCAGGUGAACUAUCUAUACGUGUUAAAUAGAUAAUGAUCAUGAGUUAUAGAGGUGAUGGACAUUUUCCAAACUUCUUACAGUUAAAGGUCCAACUAUGGUCUAAUUCUGUGUACGCUACUUGUUCACAGGAUAAAAGAUUCUUUAUAACGACAUGCUAACAAUAAGUCAUCUUCUGUACAAGAAUGAAGUGUGAAUUUGAUAGAGUUUUAACGAUUCUCAGUUACAAGGUGGUCUUAUUUUAAUUAUGACACGGUUAAGUUUGAACUGUAUCUCUGAAUACCGUUCACCGAAUUUAGAAUCGCUAAAGGCGAGCUAAAUACUACAUAUCAAUUUUCUUCGUCGGUUCAAUCACACAAGCAGUAAGUAGAUAAAUGUAGAAGCUACCACGAAAACUCAUAAAUAGGAUGCGAAUGUUUAUACAUUUAUGAUAUCUCAAUCUCUCUUCACAAAAUAUCGGAAUCCACAGUCAGUUUGUAUCGUAAAUAAAUAUACAUUCACAGUCGAAUCAUAAGGCAGGAGGAAGGUUAAAGAAAUACCUUUGCCUAUUUAUUUUAGAAUUCUUCGUGUUUACAUCCAAUAUUUUCAUACUAUCUUCUCUAAGUAAGUGACAGUAGUGUUUCUUGUGGAUGGGGUUUUUUUAUUGCAUGACCCCUUACAGCUCUAUACUAUAAAGUAGAAUAAAGUAGUAUAAUAAAGUCUAUACUAUAAAGCCUAUAAAGUCUAUAGUAUCGUAGGAAACUGAAAUAGAGCCACUUUGUAACUUUGUAUCAUUAAAAUUCCGCAUAAUUAUAAUAGUUUCCUUUACAGAAUCUCAGUUCCUUCAGAAUCUAUUAUCCUUUGAAGAAUAGAAUAAGUGAAGUUAGUCUAUACUUGGAGCUUCAACUUUCAGGGUCUUCGUUACUUUUAUAGCUGAGUUCUCUCAUAAAUUAUAGACAAUGUGCAAUAUCGCCCCUAUAAGUCAUAACCAUUAUUUUCUUAACACCUUGUACAACGUACGUUUAUUAUUAACCCUUUGCAAUUUGACUUUUUUAAAUAGCAGAAUUCACUUAUUCUGUAAACUUCGUUAAUUUAUUCUAAUAUAAUUAUUGCAGUGAAUACAAAUUAUAAGAUAAUACAAGUUUGCAUUUUUACUAAAUCUUUCACGAAUUUACAUAUAUUUUAGACUGUGGUAUUAAAUUUGCACUUAAAAGUCACAGUUGAGUCACGAAGAGUUAAACAUUUUGACACUAAAAUCAGUCCCGCUGCUUAAAGAUUGUGGGAUUCGAGGCUAAAAUAAAAUAAGUAUUAUUGAAAAUAUUUACAGUAUUACCACGCGUUAUAUUGCCACGUGUUAUGUCGCCACGCGUUUGAAAAUUUCUAAAGUUCACUGCCUAAAAUAAUUGCUUUUUCGAUUAUCUUGGAAGGAUAUUUAAAUCAAGAUACUGCACUAAUAUUACGUAUGCCUAAGAACUGUGUUUAAAAUGCAAAGGGUUGAUUUGUACUAUUUUAAACAGUAAAGAGAAUGAAAUAUUAUAACUUUGAAUAAAAUGAUGGUUGAGUGAUUCGUAUACACACGUAUGGUGCUAAUAAUACUUUUUUAACGAGUUCGAAGAAUAAAGAAUUAUCUCAUAUCGUUCCGUAUACUAUCAGAUACAGAUUUAAAUUACGUUGAAGAUAUUAAGUGAAUCGUCUAUUCUUGCAUACACUUGGCGUGACCGAAAAUAUUUUUACAGCGGUUCUAUUUGCGUGAAAGACAACACUGUUUUAACGUAUGUACAAAAUGAUUCGCCACAGACUUGUCUUCUAUGGUUUGGCUAUUUUUUAGGAACUAAUAUCACUAGGGUGUACAUUUUUACGGUGAUGCGAUAUAUAUGUCAAUAAGUAGGAACUUAAAUAGGUGAAUUAAUAGCUCGUUUCUGUCAGGCAACUUGAAAUCGACUUAACAAAAAAGGGAAUACUAAAGUUCGCUCUGUGAAACGACUUUCAAUGAAACGAGCAUUUGCACGGUUUAAUACGAACGAAACAUAGAGAAAGAGAACCUAGGAAAGGAAUGGCCAACAAGGACAAACUGAAGAAAAAAGAUACACUGUAAAUAUAAAAAUUCCUGCCUUAAGAAAUACAAGACUAGACAAACGUAUAUUUAAAAAAUAUAUAUAUAACUGAUUAAGCGGAUAGAUUUAACGAUCUAUGAUAAAUAUGAAUAUCAUUAAUUGCAGAUCGAGAGCUGCGAUUUAUUUUAUAACUAGCGUUAGGCUUUCUCAUGAAAAAGAAGUAGUCAAUUUAACGUGUAGCGAUGUAAUACAGAAAAAAGAAACAAAAGAAAAAAAAGAAGUUAACACGAACGACGAUCGUAAGAAUAACUCGUUAACUCGUUUACAAAAUACUUUUGACACGAUGCAAUAGCCGUACGUUUUUAUUCUUCGCAGACAGAAUGUUAUCGUAACGAAAUCACGCUUUUAUUCUUUUUUUAACGAAGCGACACAUGAUCUCUAACGUUUGUUUCCUUCUGAGAUGAUGUAUCAACGACACGAUAUAAACUUAAGAGCUUUCAGAACUUGAAGCGUAUUUAUGAAAAGCGUUUAAGCGAUUUGUUUUCGUCGCAACGUUUGUUGUAUACACUUCGUGUCCUCUGCGUAGGAAUGAAUUAUGCUUCCAAGCUAAGAAACGAAAGAAUGUAGAGAAAAAAAAAUGAUUGCAAUGGAGUUUAGCUAUAUGGCUCUGAAUGAGGCUCUAUAGUAAAUGUCAAUUUAGAAUUACAACUAAUUAACCUGUAAAUUUCUAAAUUUCCAAACUUCGAAAUUCUUGAAUCUCCAUAUUUCUAGAUCCUCAGAUUUUCAACGGGCCAUAUAAACGCGAGCCAUGUAGCGGGACUGCACUGUACCGAGUUUUGUUGAAACAAACGGUAGCUCGACGAAAUCAUAGGGUCAAUUUGGAAAUCCGACUUUACACUGUUAACUCGGCUCGUUGUGUAGGGAGAGUCUACUUGUUGUUUUGUACCUGAAAGCCUCUCGUAUCAAUUUCGAUGGUAACAAAAGAUGAAACGAUGAAAGAAACUAUAUAAAAAAAAACUCACUCAGGAAAAUGAAAUUCUAUAGGGUGUAAGGGCACCUUUGAUUCAAUGGAAAGAUAUAUAGAGAAGAGACACGAGUAAUCAGUGCAAAAAAAUAAAAAAUGGAAUCCUAGCUUAAGAGAGAUAAUUAACAAAGAAAAAAAAACAAAAAGAAAAUAUAAUGUUACUCCUAUCAGCUCAAUUUUGUUUUAAAAGUAUGAAAGCAAAAUAACGUUGAAAUUUUACAAGAUGAACGCGUUUUAAACAGAUUGAUAAAUAAUUCUUAUAAGAGAACUCUAUUUGCAUGAAAUCGAUGAUUUAGACCGUUUUUCUCAGUCGCUUCGGGUAUGAAAUCGUUUUUCAAGAUAAAUAUAAAUAUAUAUAUACAUAUGCUUAUAUUAGAACGAAGUGAAGAGAAAGAUAGGUAAUUAUAUGUAAUAUGGUAAACCUCGACGAGUUCAGUGAUGUUAUUAUAUGUUAUAAAUGUGAUUGACAAAUGAUUUUAUCUACUCGAUAGAAAUUUGGUAAUUGGAAAAUUUGAAAGGUUCGGAAUCUAGUAAUUUCAAAUUUUCAAAUUAAGAAAUUAACUACCUGUUAUGUACGAAUAAAAUUAUUUUGUAAACUGACUUUUAUAACAUCUGCGAAAGUCACUGAAAUCAACGAGGUUUCCCUAUUGUACAAUUACUGAAACGAAAACUAACGGAAAAAACAUAGUCUUAAUUUUACACGGUCUCGAUAAACUAUAUGCUAAAGUUGUCACAGCAUUUACUUACGUUUAAACACUUACCCCUAUGUACGAAUAUAUCUCGCACGCUGUUUAACCCGCGUCACUGUCAAUUUUUCAAAUGUGUAGUCACACGCUACUCUCUCUCUCUAUACAUAUAUAUGUAUAUAUAUAUUUUAGAGGGAAAUUUUGAUGUUCGAAUGACGGUGAAACGUCCGCAGAGUCGAUCGUUCGAAACAUUUUAAGAGGCCGUGAUGAUCUCUCCUAAACCGCGUAUUGUGAAGAACUUAUAUUAUAUAUGUAUACAUAACUACUUUGUGAUAUAAAACAAAGUCGAACGAUAGACUGUGUCGGACGGACGUAGAAGACUCUGGAGAGAAACGUGAGGGGAAAAUGUGCUGUGAAUAAUAGAAAUGGAAAUUAUGAAAGAAAGAAAGUGAAAAAUGAAUACGCGUCGAAUCAAAUUUCAUUUGUAAUUUAAGGCUGAUUUAUAUUAUUUAUUCGAAGUAAGCGUUUCUACUAAAAUACAUACAACUACCAGUUCCUUUUAAUUCACUACAUUUGAUAAAAAUUUGAUUCAGAACGAACGUCAGGUUUCUUGCGCCAAUUUUAUAUCGUUCAAUAUUUUUAUACGAGUUUAGAAAAAUUCUACAACAAUUUUUUUCGAUAGAUCGUCAACUAAACUAGUACAUAUUUGACGUUUUUAUUAAAUAGAUUAUUAUUUGUAAUACACGAUACAAACGUGGAAAAAUAACUCGUCUGAAAGAAUACUAUAAAUCAGCUUUGAAACGUUGUUUUGUUGAGCGACGAGGAGGGAUGUCAAUUGUUCACGUCAUCCACCGCAACUGUACAUAAAAAAGUAGUUAGAACGGUUUAUAUCGAGCAAACUGGGGAUGAAGGAACACGCGUUACGUGUAAAGUACGCGUAUUAAUUAGGUCCUAAUUGUUAGGAGUUUACGUGAUUGUUAAACGAGCGAUCACGAUCUUCUGUUUCUGCAAGAAUAUUUUUGCGUUAAAGGGGAACGAACGAUUCACUCGCGUUCCGCACAAUUUUUCGAUCAUGUUACUUAAAUAAUUUUUUUUACGAAUGAUUUUCUCGGUAUUAUACAUUUCGUAGCGAAUCAUGCGUGCGUGUAAGAACAUUUUUCUUUUUAUCAAUUUACCAAACGCGUCCCGUGUCGGAUUGAUUAUCAAUCGUUUGAUACUGUCGAUCAUUUUUUCGAUUUACUUUUAAAGCAAAGAGCAAGUAAAACAUAUUAUAAUUAUAAUUUUAUUAUAAUCAAGCAUUAUGAUGUAAUUAUUAAUGCGGAUUUGCCAUGAAUCUUUAAUUGUACAUGACACGGAACUCGAUCAUGCCAAUAUCUAUUCUCAAUUUCAUUUAUACAUCAUUGUUUCUAUUAUUAUUAUUACUAUUAUUAUUAUUAUUAUUAUUAUUACUAUAUUAUCAUAAAUAUCAUAGCGCUUUGACUAUCAGUUAUACUAGUAUACUCAUCGUUAAUUAGUUUAAUUCCGUUUAUUUGUAGCCUAUUAAAUAUUUAGUCGGGAACGAUUGUUUCUGUUUCUUUUUCCUUUUUCUUUUUUUUGGUUAUAGGAUUUAAUUUAUUGUACACUCGGAUGCAACGUAGGCUUCUUUUAGUUAAGAGUAAGAGGAGAAAUUUUAGGGAAAAUUCUGGGUGAAUCCUACGAGUACCGUAGAAGAUCCUAAAAAGAGAACCCUGGGAAAGUUGUAGAAAGUCUUGAAAAACCCCUAGGACAUUCUUGAAAGAAUCCUAAAAGAACGUUAGGGAGGCCCAAGAAACGAUUCUUGCAGAAUUCUAGAAGAAUCUAAAGAGAGCCUAAUCUAGCAACUUGUCGAACAAAAUGGCGGCAGUUGAGUCACCUGUUCUCUUACAAUUCUUAUCAAUUAAAGGAAGCCUAAUUUGUACGUGACCGUACGUAAAACACAUUCCCAAGCCACAGUUAAAAGGAGCAGAAGCGAAAAGAUAAAACAAACAAAAAAAAGAAAAGAAAGAAGAUAUAUAACAGAGUUUAGAGAGGAUUGCGUUUAAAGUAUUAGGUAGGAAGUUCGAAAAUUAUAGCGACGAGAAUUAAAUUAAAGAAUGUUGUGUACAUAGAUAUUGACUAUUGUAUAUGAUUAAUAUAAACCGCUUAUAGAUGUAAUGUAUUUUUUGUAGGGACCAUAAUAUAUAAACAGAACAAUAUGAGACAUGUUAGAAUGGUACCGAUAAGGGUGAUACAAGUACGAUUAGGGCGAUGUUUCGUGAAUUAAGAAAAGCAAUACGCGUUUGCUUGCGGGAGGAGCUGAGCGUGAAGAGAAGAGUGUCCUGAAAAUUAUGAAUUCAGAGAUAUAUUGUACAAGCUCACUAAACAAAAUUCUAGGUACACGAUAUCGAGUGUUUUCGAGUCUGCGAUCGGCGAUAAACAGUUACAUUUUCUUUGUGAAAUUCUCAGGAAAGACCUGGUUAUCUUUGUGUUCUUUAACACGGUCUUAACUGUGUCUUCUCUGCGAAUCGAAUAAUUUCUUUAAGAACAUUGAAGUUAAUUGCCGUUCAAGGCUGCUUGCGAACGAGGCCAUUAAUGGAAAUCAUUGUAAAUUAACGUGGUUUAAUUGUUCUGUUGUACUAAGAUUGUUUCUCGUUUAUUUAACAUUUUAAAGUUUGUAUAGUUUAUAGUCUUAAAUUUCUUUAUUUAAUGGAAAACAUUACAGUAUAGUAACUAAAUAAUAUUGUACAUUCGGGAGAGACAGCGAUAAAGAUAAUUUGAACGUUUCUAAAGUUUUCGAUUCAAAGACAACUUUGGUAGAAGAAAAACAGCCUUGAACGUGAAAUUCAUCUUCGAACCGUUAACGAAUGAAAUUCCUAGGAAGAGAUACUUCAUUUACAAAGUUAUAGAAUAUAAGUAGUUUCAUAUUCGCAGGACUACAGUUGGUCCCAAAAUAGUAAAAUGAAUUAUGUUGAAGCGUCAGUGACGACUGAAAGCAUUUUAGUCCGACUCCAGCAGUUUAUAAUGCGAUGCCAUUUCAUACAACACAAACAAACAAACAAGCACCCACAUGUACACAGUCGUAUACACCGUACGUCACUUUGUUACGAUUAUUGUAUAUCGAAUAUUGUACGAAUUCUCACAAAAUGAGAUCGCUUAAAUUUAAUCGACGAGAGCAAAUCACCUGAUCGAUGUGUUCGUUCAUCGAGGAGAAACGAUCAUUUUGAAUGAAAUUCAAAUUGAUGGAAAAAAUCACAUCGAUCUCGUUGUUGAUCAGUGUAACACUCGAAAUAAUAUGCCUUAAAAAAAGAAAUGUAAUUCAUAAGGAUCGCUGAUGAUGGUACAAGUGGCGAGCGGAAAUCAAUGGUGACGGACGAUCGUAAUUUGCGGAGACAGAGAAAUAUAUAUAAUAUAUAUAUAUAUAUAUACAUAUAUGCAUAUAUAUGUAUACAUAUAUAAAAUCAUGUUAGGUAUAAGUAAAUCUCGUAUCGUCGAUUGAUUUAUCGUUUACUCGAUAAUUUUUAAACUCUUGCAUAGAAAGUAUGCUGUGCGUGCGUGAACGAAAAGACACACCGUGUUUCGUUUCGUUUUUAGGCAGAACAUUCAUGUUUUCGUAUCGACGCGUGCGAAUCUCUUCCUUAGGUUCGAGAACGAACACCGGGUGAAUCGUUAAAAUAGUUUUUAUUUCAUUCUUCUUCUUUUUCUUUGACCCGGAGAUGGAAAAAACGACGAGCGUCGUCUUUUGCUCAUUCCGCUGGGUUCAAAACUUAACUUUUUUUCCUCUCUCAGAAGUAAGGCACAAACAAUGUAUUUACAAUGAAUAAAUGUUUUGAAAACUGUUA